AUGGCUCACAACUCUGCGGGUCAGAGUGGAGACCUGGUCUCUCUGCUGGCCGCCAACGGCACCCCGUCCGAGGAUGGCCUUUCGCUCAUCCUCCAGCAGCGCUUCCGCGCCGAGCAGCCCUACACCCGCCUCUCUUCCACCACCCUCGUCGUCGUGAACCCGCUCCGCCCCCUCAGCAACCUCAGCGAUGCCAGCGCCGAAGAGUACAAGGCAAAGUGCUACAGGAACGCGCAGUGGGAGCAGCAGCGCGCCGAGAGCCCAGAGGACGCGCUGCCGCCCCACCCUUACGAGCUCGCCGCGCGCGUCUACCACAUGAUGGAGAGGAGCAAAGAGUCCCAGAGCGUCGUCUUUGGCGGCAUGACCGACUCUGGCAAGUCGUACACCUCCAAGCUCUUCACGCAGCAGCUCCUGCGCCUCUCGGCGUCGAGCGGCAAGCGCGAGCUCCGCCUCGCCGAGCAGGUCAAGAGCCUCGACGUGCUGCUCAACUCGUUUGGCAGCGCCAAGACCAAGGCCAACGGCAACGCCUCCCGGCACGGUCGCUACCUCGAGCUCCACUAUGACCGGUCCGCACGCCUCUCGGCGGCCAAGGUGCUGACGUUUGGCCUCGAGAAGCGCCGCGUCAACCGCCUGGCGCCCGAGGAGCGCACCUUCCACGUCUUCUACCAGUUGCUGGCCGGUGCCAGCGCCGACGAGCGCGACGCCCUCAAGCUCGACGAUGUCACCUCGUACGCGCUGCUCGCCUCUUCCGGUUGCUACCGCCUGCCCGGCGGGCCCUCGAGCGACGACGCCAUCGCCAUGGACGAGCUCCGCGCCGCCAUGAAGGUGCUCGGAUUCAAGCAGAAGCAGGUCAACGGUAUCUUUACCAUCCUCUCGGCCAUCCUGCUCCUCGGCAACCUCGAGUUCGGGCAGCCCCACGAGGCCGCCGAGGCGUCCCACGUCACCAACCGCGCGGUGCUCGACGACGUGGCCGACCUGCUCGGCGUGCCCGCCGAGGACCUCGAGCUGGCCCUGACGAGCAAGUCGCGCUUCGUCCGCCGCGAGCUGGUCAACUCGUUCCUCGGCCCCGAGGCCUCGGCAGCCCAGCGCGACAGCCUGAUGCGGGACCUUUAUGCCACGCUCUUCGCCUUUGUCGUCGAGACUGCCAACCACAAGAUUGCACCCGGCUCCGACGAGGCCUUCCCCACGCACAUUGUUCAGCUCGAUGCGCCCGGCUUCCAGUCGCGCGCCAGCGGCAGCAUCGGCGGUGCGCCGCCGGGCGGGCAGCAGGCCGACCGCUUCGAGGAGUUUGCCUUCAACACGCUGGCCGAGCUCGUCGAGAACUGGUCGCUGAGGCGCACCUUUGACGACUCUGACCCGCGCGCCAAGGCGCAGAUCGACGACGGCGUCUGCCCGACGGACGUGGCCUACAGCGACAACUCGGCCUGCGUCGAGCUGCUGCGCGGCAGCAUCGUCGGAACCUCGUCCGACCGGAUGCCCGGUGGCCUCCUCGGCGUGCUGGACGCGGCGGUGGACAAGGUGCGCUCCGGCGCCGCCGCCGAGGACGACGACGCUUCGCUGCUCAACGAGCUCGACCGCCACGUCGCCCACGGCUCGUACGUGGCCUCACGCAGCGGCGCGCAGCAGGCGUCGAUCCCGUCCUUUGGCGUCAAGCACUACCAGGGCACGUGCUCGUACGCUGCCAAUGGCUUCGUCGAGCGCGACCUCGACCUCUUUGAUUCCGCCUUCGUCCAGCUGCUCCGACGGGCGAUCAACCCGUUUGUCGCCAAGCUGUUCGCCGGGCCAAGCCUGGCGACCGAGUCGCACCCGCUCGACGCCAACACGAUCGUCACCGCCCAGGUCUCGGUGCGGCCGUUGAGGAGACCUACGCCGCUGCAGCCCGACGAGGCCGUCGAGCCGCUGCUCGACUCGCACAAGGUCUACGGCGUCACCCGCCAGCUCAACGCCUGCGUGUCCGAGAUCCUCGCGACGAUGGCGCAGGCCGGGCAGAUCUGGAACGUCACCUGCCUUCGGCCCAACGACAUCUCCCAGCCGGGCUCCUUUGACAGCCGCCGCGUCAAGAGCCAGGUCAAGGCGCUUGCGCUGCCCGAGAUGGUGGCGCGCAAGAAGAGCGACUUCGUCUACGGCAUGCCGCACGACGAGUUCUGCCUGCGGUACAGCGACUGGGUCAUCCCGGCCGCUAUGACGGCGGGCGUCUCCGAGGAAAGGGAAAAGGUUCAGGCGUUCGCCAUCGCCAACGCGCUGCGCGACGGGAUCGACUUUCGGCUGGGCAACAGCCAGGUGUGGCUGUCGUACCCGACCUGGAGGAGGCUCGAGGAUCGGGUGCGGUCGACUGAGCCGGACACGUUCGCUGCCAGCACCAGGGACGACGACGAGAUCCGCUCGUCGGGAUCGCCGACCUACCCGCCGGACGGCAAGGACCCGCAGCAGCAGCGCCGGUUCCUCGGCGUCGGCAACAACCAUGGCGAGUCGGACCUCGCCGACGGCAAGGCCGGCUUUGACGCCAGCGCCGAGGACCUGCUGCUCAGCCGGCCGUCGAACGUGUCGGACCCCUUCCGCUCCCCGGGCGACGAGCGGUCGCUCAAGGGCGGCGCGCCGGACAGCCUGGCGGGCUGGGGCUCCGAGUACGACAAGCGCGCCUACGGCGAGGCCAACGCCGGCCUGAUUGGCACGCUGGAAAAGGACGGCGCGCUCGAGAACCGCGCCAUCGACGCCGUCGAAGAGAUUCCGACGACGGCCAUCCGCCGGUGGUGGGUCCGCCUCACGUGGCUCGUGACGUGGUGGAUCCCGUCGUUCUGCCUGUCGCGCUGCGGCGGCAUGAAGCGGCCCGACGUCCAGAUGGCGUGGCGCGAAAAGUUCACCAUCUGCUUCCUCAUCGCCUUCAUCUGCGGCGUCAUCCUCUUCUACGUCAUCGUCUUUGGCCGCCUGCUCUGCCCCGACUACGACAAGGCCUGGACCGCCGACCAGCUGGGCCAGCACGCGGGCACCGACGACUACUACGCCGCCAUCCACGGCACUGUGUACGACUUCACCAAGUUCUACAAGAACGACCACUCGGACAUUGCCAACCUGCAGACCGACGACACGACGAUGCUGAUGCUGGCGGGCCAGGACCUCACCAACUACUUCCCCGUCCCGCUCAGCGUCGGCUGCCAGCUGCUCGUCACCGACGACAGCCUGGCGCUGCAGCCCAACGCCAACAACACGCCCACCAUCACCCAGGCGGUCCACACCUCGGGCCGGCUGCAGGGCGACCAGUCGUCGAAGCUGGCCGACCCACAGUGGUACCCGGACCGCCUGAUCCCCUACAUCAAGCGCUACCGAAAGGGCUACUUCGUCUACACGGGCAAGGAGAUCUCGCGCGGCGGCGAGUACAACGACUGGGCCACGGUCAACGGCAAGCUCUAUGACCUCACCGACUACAUGAACACGCUCUCGCUGCAGAGCACCAACGCCGCCUACAAGUUCCUCGACUCAAGCGUCAGCGACCUGUUCAAGAGCCAGGCGGGCCAGGACAUCACCGGCGACUUCCACACGGCCAUGAACGCGCUCAACGAGACCUACCGCGGCGCCACCCAGGCCUGCCUGGACAACGUCUUCUACCGCGGCCGCUCCGACUUCCGCGACACGCCGAGGUGCCAGGUGCAAAACUACCUGCUGCUCGCCUUUUCCCUGAUCCUCGUCGCCACCAUCCUGGCCAAGUUCGUCGCGGCGCUCCAGCUGGGCACCAAGCGCAACCCGGAGCAGCAGGACAAGUUUGUCAUCUGCCAGGUGCCGUGCUACACCGAGGGCGAGGACGAGCUGCGCAAGACGAUCGACUCGCUGGCGGGCCUCCAGUACGACGACAAGCGCAAGCUCCUCUUCCUCAUCUGCGACGGCAUGAUUGUCGGCAGCGGCAACGAGCGUCCGACGCCGCGCAUCGUGCUCGACAUCCUCGGCGUCGACCCCAAGAUCGACCCCGAACCGCUCAUGUUCAAGUCGGUCGCCGAAGGCUCCAAGCAGCUCAACUACGGCAAGGUCUACUCGGGCCUCUACGAGUUCGAGGGUCACGUCGUGCCCUACAUUGUCGUCGUCAAGGUGGGCCGCCCCAGCGAGAGGUCGAGGCCCGGCAACCGCGGCAAGCGUGACACCCAGAUCCUCCUGAUGCGCUACCUCAACCGCGUCCACUUCGAUGCCCCCAUGUACCCGCUGGAGCUCGAGAUCUACCAUCAGAUGAAGAACGUCAUCGGCAUCGACCCGGCCUUUUACGAGUACAUCCUCAUGGUCGACGCUGACACGUCGGUCGAAAAGGAGGGCCUCAACAGGCUGGUCGCCGUCUGCGCCGACGACUCGCGCAUCAUCGCCAUCUGCGGCGAGACGAGCCUCGACAACGCCGAGGGCUCGUGGUGGACCAUGAUCCAGGUGUACGAGUACUACAUCUCGCACCACCUGUCCAAGGCCUUCGAGUCGCUGUUUGGCAGCGUCACCUGCCUGCCCGGAUGCUUCUCGAUGUACCGCAUCCGCAGCUCAGACAAGGGCCGGCCGCUCUUCAUCUCGAACCGCAUCAUCGACGACUACUCCGAGAACCGCGUCGACACCUUGCACAAGAAAAACCUGCUCCACCUCGGAGAGGACCGCUACCUGACGACGCUGGUGCUCAAGCACUUCCCGGCCUUCCGCACCAAGUUUAUCCAGGACGCCAAGGCGCAGACGGCGGCGCCCGACCGCUUCGGCGUCCUGCUCUCGCAGCGACGUCGCUGGAUCAACUCGACCAUCCACAACCUGGCCGAGCUGGUGCUCAUGGAGGAGCUCUGCGGCUUCUGCCUGUUUUCGAUGCGCUUCAUCGUCUUCAUCGACCUGAUCGGCACCAUCAUCCUCCCCGCCACGGCCAUCUACCUCGUCUACCUCAUCGUCAUCACCUCGACCGGCAAGGCGGCCGUGCCCAUCAUCUCGAUUGCCAUGAUCGCCGCCGUCUACGGCCUGCAGGCCAUCAUCUUCCUCGUCAAGCGGCAGUGGCAGUACAUCGGCUGGCUCGUCAUCUACGUCCUGGCCUACCCCGUCUUCUCCUUUUUCCUGCCCCUCUACUCGUUCUGGCACAUGGACGACUUCUCGUGGGGCAACACGCGUAUCGUCGUGGGCGAAAAGGGCGCCAAGAAGAUCAUCGCCGGCACCGACGACGAGCCCUACGACGACUCGAUGAUCCCCGUCAAGAAGUUUAGCGAGUACCAGCGCGACGUCUGGGACCAGGGCGGCGCCCCCUCGGUCCGCUCCGGCAUGACGGGGGCAGAGAGCCUGGGUCCGUUUGGCAACUCUUACGCCGUGCCCCACAGCGGCCCGCCGAGCAUGUACAAGGCCGGCAGCGCCUACGCCGGAUCCGCCGCCGGCUCCGAGUAUGGCGCCCCGUCGUACGAGGCCGACUAUUUCCGCGACACCAACGUCAUUCAGCAGUCGCACUCGCGCGCCGCCUCCAACAGCGUCUCGCGCCUCGGAGGCGGCGGGUCCCAGGGUCCGACGCGGAUGAGCUCGAUGAACUUUGCCCAGCAGCCCAACCCGUCGAUGCAGUUUGGCACCGGAACGCCGUCGAUGUUCGGCAUGCCCGCCAUGGGCAGCAUGUACGGCAUGGGCGGCGGGCCCGCGCCACCGCCGGCCUCGAUGUACGGCAUGCCCGCUCCCGGCGGCGCACAGUCGAUGUACGGCAUGCCGCCCGUCCUGCCGCCCAUGGGCGGCCACUCGCCGUCGGCGUCCGACGACUUUAACCGCAACUCGACGAUGCCGCUGGCCCAGCAGAUGACGGGCGGCGCCAUGUGGGGCCAGGGGGGUAUGGCUCGACCGCAGUCGACGUUCUCGACGCUCAACACGGGCGGCAACCCCUUCGCGCCAGCGCCCACGCAGCUGCCGGUCAGCGAGUCGGCGGAGCCGUCCGACGAGGAUCUCCAGGCGGCGGUGCGCACCUACCUGGCCAACCAGCCCAACCUGAUGAGCGUCACCAAGCGCAGCGUGCGCGAGGCCGUCACGGCGAGCUUCCCCAACGCCGACCUGGCGGGCAAGAAGGCGACCAUCAACAAGGCGAUUGACGACACGCUAAGCGGAGCGGCCCAGUAG